CUUACAUCAUUGUGCAAGGUGAAAUUGAAAUAAUGGGAACUUGUUGUCUGCACUAUUCCAAGCAGAUUAAAAUGGAAAGAAGCAAGGGGGGAAAAUGACUUAGAAUUUGGAAUAUUACCUUGAAAAGGGACCAAAACCAAUUAACAUCAUAAACAUGGACCACGAUCACAUCAACUCAUGAAGAUUAAAUCAUAAUAAACAAUGAACAGCUACAGGGUUCAAAAUCUCUCCUUAUAAUAGCCCCCAGCCAUGCAAACCAUUGUUUAUCACAGUCUCAUCUAUUUCAUUCUCUUUCUCUACUCUCUUUCAUUCCAAGUCCCUUAACCAAAACCAACAACAUAACGUUCAUGGCGGCUACCAAUAGACUCUCUCUUGCCAUGGAGAGAACUGGGCAAUGGGUUUUCUGUCAAGAUAUACCAACUGAUGUUAUAGUUGAAGUUGGAGAAGCAAGUUUCGCCCUCCAUAAGUUCAUGCUAGUGGCAAAGAGCAACUAUAUCAGAAAACUGAUACUGGAAGCAGAAGAGAGCGAACUCACAAGAAUCGACCUCUCUGAGAUACCUGGAGGUCCUGGAAUCUUCGAGAAAGCAGCCAAGUUCUGCUACGGCGUUAACUUCGAGAUCACCGUACAAAACGUCGCCGUUUUGCGCUGUGCCGCCGAGUUCCUCGAGAUGACUGAUGAGUACUGCCACAACAACCUCGCUGGCCGGACAGAGGAUUUCCUCUCUCAGGUAGCGUUCUUCACUCUUACCGGCGCCGCCACCGUCCUCAAGUCCUGCCGCCACCUUCUUCCCUAUGCUGACGACCUUAACAUUGUUAAACGCUGCGUCGAAGCCGUCAGCGCCAAGGCUUGCAGCGAGGCUAAUUUCCCCAGCCGGUCGCCGCCGAACUGGUGGACGGAGGAGCUCGCUGUUCUCGACAUCGAUUUCUUCGGGAGAGUCAUCGCCGCCAUGAAGCAGCGCGGUGCCAAGGGUUUGAUACUUGCUAGCGCGCUUAUUACCUACACAGAACGAGCGCUGCCGGAGCUUGUCCGGGAUCACUCCGGCAACAGAAACCGGUCGUUAGAUCCUGCCGAUUCCGAUUCCAGAGUCAAACAACGGAAGCUUCUGGAGUCCAUCGUGGAUCUCUUCCCCUCUGAGAAAGCUGCUUUUCCGAUCCACUUCCUUUGCUGCCUUCUCCGUUGCGCGAUCUACCUCCGUGCCUCCACCGGCUGCAAGGGCGAGCUGGAGAAACGGAUCUCGGCUAUCCUCGAGCACGUUACGGUGGAUGACCUCCUCGUGCUGUCGUUCACCUACGACGGCGAGAAACUGUUCGAUCUCGAAAGCGUACGGAGGAUCGUAUCAGGAUUCGUGGAGAAGGAAAAGAGCACGGCGGUUUUCGCCGCCGGUGACUCCAAAGAAUCUUGCUCCGUUUCGGUGCAGCGCGUGGCCAAGACCGUUGACGCGUACCUCGCCGAGAUCGCAGCGUACGGCGAACUCAGCAUCUCGAAGUUCAACGGAAUCGCUGUCCUCAUUCCCAAACACGCGCGUAAGGUCGACGACGACCUAUAUCGCGCCGUGGAUAUCUAUCUCAAGGCGCACCCGGAGCUGGAUGAGAUAGAGAGAGAGAAGCUGUGCAGCGUGAUGGACCCGUUGAAGCUGUCGUACGAGGCGCGUGUACACGCGUCACAGAACAAGCGUUUGCCGGUGCAGAUUGUGCUUCACGCGCUGUACUACGAUCAGCUGCGGCUGAGGAGCGGGGUUGCCGACGGGGACGCGGCGGCGGAGAGGAACCAACUACAAGCGGAUGUGUCGCUGGUGAGGGAGAACGAGGAGUUGCGAACGGAGCUGACGAAGAUGAAGAUGUACAUUUCGGAUUUGCAGAAGAACGGUGUUCAGGGAAGUGCAACGACGUCGUCUGUUUCGACCAAGAAAACCACGUUUUUCUCCUCAAUGUCCAAGAAGCUGGGAAAGUUAAACCCGUUUAGAAAUGGGUCUAAAGAUACGACCCAUAUAGAAGAAGAUGGGCAUGUGGAUUUGACCAAGCCCAGAAGGAGAAGGUUCUCUGUUUCUUAGAAUUAGGUUCUUUUGUUCAUAAUUUCAUAUAUUAUCAGUGUGCUAAAAGCCCCACAUAUGCAAUUACGUUUUGUGUAGCUGCACGUUAGUUUACUAGUUUCUUCGUGCUUAGUUUUCCUGGGGUUUUAUUGAACAGUUUUCUGAUUGUAUCUCUUUUUUCUUCUUCUUAAUAUUAUGUUGUGUAAACAAUUUUCUUGGACUAUUACU